AUGAGUGCAACUUUUUCCCAUUCAAUUGUAGAAGAGUGCUCCACCUAUUUUAGCCAUGCUGGCAGUCUGAGGUACAGCCUGUCAUCCUCUAAUGCCUCUAGUGGUCUCACAGAGAAUCACACCAACUCUCACCGCCAGCACUUCGGAUCGGAUUCUUUUACCAACACAAUGCCUUUUAUCCUCUACCCUUCCAACAUGGACCCCGCUAGCCUCAGUGCCUAUGAAGGCUCCUUCAGGGGCCACGGCCCCAGCCUCCUUCCCUAUCUGACCCCUUUCCACCAUGGACACUUUGGUGUCUACGAAUGUCCCUUUGAGCCAGCAUUCAUCCAGAAGCGCAACGAGCGGGAGCGUCAGAGAGUAAAGUGUGUGAACCAGGGCUAUGCCAAACUGAGGGACCACCUUCCAGGACGAACUGGCGACAAGCGGCUGAGCAAAGUGGAAACACUAAGAGCUGCCAUUCGUUACAUUAAAUAUUUGCAGAAUUUGGUUGAAGGAAACAGCCAGGCAAGCCACACUCUCAGAGCUACCACCCAUAGGUUGGAAGAUGUUGGGCACAGUGGUGGUGAGUCACCCAAUUCCUCCUCUCCAGGUCCAGACUGUGGCGAAGAGUCUGUGGGCUUCGGCUGUUAG